AUGCAAGUAAGAACUGUAUUAAUUUUUAUAUCAUUGUCAUUAACGGUAGCAGGUGAUUUAAUUGUUCACCGCAAUGUGCCUUACAUUGAUACGGAACAAUUAGAAAUUGAGCUUAAUAUACGUCAUCAAGUACUGUCAAAACCAUAUGAAUUUACACCACCAACUCCAUAUAAAAAAAUUGGAGAUGUGUCUGAAUUCGAUGUAAGCAAUGCCACUCGAUUUGUUCGUUAUGCUGUGGCUAGUUAUACUAAAAAUUGGAAUGAAAUAUUAAAUUGGACAUGUUCGGAUUGUCGUGCACCAGAAGUUCAAGGAUUUAUGUGCACACAUUUAAUACAUGAUAAUAAAACGGAUACAUUAGUGUAUUUAGGAAUCAAUACCAACCAUAGGGAAUUAGUAAUUGUUUGGCGAGGUACAGCUGGUGAGUUAAAUCUUUUACUAGAUCUUGAGUUCUGGAAAACGACUAAACCAUUAGAUGGAAUACCCAAGGCGUACACUGCAACUGGUUUCUAUGACAUGUAUCAUGUUGCACAAGAUAGAGUAUGGAAUGCACUAUUAACAAACAUAGCUAAGUAUAAAGAUUUUGAAAUAAAGAUAAUUGGACAUUCAUUGGGCGGUGCAAUAUCAUCAAUAAAUGCUGUUGAUUUCGGUUAUAAUGGUAAAUUAAAUUUAUCAAGUUAUACAUUUGGUAGUCCACGUUCUGGAGAUAAAGGUUUUACAUUAGCUUAUCAUGAUUAUUGUCAACAACACUGGCGAAUGACUCAUGAUGAAGAUCCAGUUCCACAUUUACCAUUAGUUAUGAUGAGUUUCUUGCAUGUUACUCAUGAAGUAUGGCAGCAUGAUGUACUUGGAAAAUAUGUUAUUUGUGAUAAUCCGUCGUGGGAAACAAAUGAGAAUAAAUAUUGUGCUAAUAGUGAAACAUUAUGGUGGUUCCAUUUUAACUUGAAAGAUCAUAAUUAUAUGAACUUAACAAAUACGUCGGCUGUUCACAAUUAUAUUGAAAGAUUAAAACAAUAUGAUCAGAUUAAAUUAAAACCAUAUUUAUUACGAAAUCAUUAA